AUGAUAUUAGUAUAUAAAUAUUUAGAAAAAUUGGAAACUCUUCUAAGGGAAAACAAUGUUAAAAGUUUCAAAUCCUUGCAAUUUAAUGACCUUGAGAUCAUUGGACGUGGAGGAUCCGCAAUCGUUUAUUCAGCCAUGUUUAAUGAGGAAAAAUAUGUAUUAAAAUGUUUAAAUAAUAAUUUACAUUUUGAUAAUAAAACAUUUAAAAAAUUUAUUCAUGAGCUUAAAAUUCUUAAUGCAAUUGAUCAUCCAAACAUUAUUCGAUUCUAUGGAAUUUCAAGAGAUCCAAAAACGAGUAAUUUCAUGAUGGUAUUGCAAUUUGCCAAUGGAGGGAACCUACGAGAUUAUUUAAACAGUAAACAAAAAGAGGUUCAACGCCCAACACUAGAUACGAUAUUAACUGAACUUGAGAAGUUAUCUGCGGAUACAUCUGUUAGGUUCAUUAUAAAUGACAUAGGUAAUAAAGGCGAAUCUAAUAAAAUUAGCACUAACACCAUAAAGUACAGUUCUUUGAUUCAGGAAGUUGGUUUUUAUGAUUACAACGAAUUUUCCGAGUUUAGUAAAAUCGGUGAAGGUGGGUAUGGCCAAGUAGAAAGGGCAUAUUGGAAAACUAAACGUUCUAUUGUUGCCUUGAAAAGUUUAAAAGUUAAAAUGAAUUCAAAUGAAAAGAUUAUUGAAGAAUUUUUUAGAGAGCCAAAAUUGCAAAGCAUAAUCAUCCUAAUAUUAAUCAAUUUCAUGGAGUAG